AUGGGAUCCCUUGGACAUGGUCGGAUCGAUGCCAAGGAACCCGCUGAGGAGCGCGCCGCCCAGAAAUCCUACUGGGCUGACCACUCUGCUACCGCGUCGGUUGAGGCCAUGAUGCUGGACUCCCAGGCAUCGGUGAUCGACAAGGAGGAAAGACCUGAGGUGCUGACGAUGCUGGGCUGCGUGGAGGGCGCGCGCAUCGUGGAGCUGGGCGCCGGCAUUGGUCGCUUCACCGGCGAGCUGGCAGUUGCGGCGCGCAGCGUGCUGGCCGUUGACUUCAUGGAGAACCUCAUCGCCGAGAACCGCCGCGCCAACAGCCACCGGCGCAACGUGCGCUGGCAGGUGGGCGAUGCCACGGAGCUGGAGCUGCCGGCGGGCAGCGCGGACGUGGUCUUCUCCAACUGGCUCCUCAUGUACCUGUCCGACAAAGAGGUCGCCAAGCUUGCCGGCGACGCGCUCACCUGGGUGGUUGAGGGCGGCACGGUGUUCUUCCGCGAGUCGUGCUUCCGCCAGUCGGGCGACAAGGCGCGGAAGAACAAUCCCACCCACUACCGGAACCCGCGCGACUACUUUGCUAUCUUUGACAGCGUGGAGACGCGUGAGGCCGACGGGCGCUACGCGCACUUUGAGCUGAUUUCCUGCAAGUGCGUUGACACCUACGUGCGCAUCAAGAAGAAUCAGAACCAGAUCUGUUGGAAAUGGAACAAGGUGGUGACGGCUGAGCCCGUGCGCGACAGUUUCCGCGCAUUUCUGGACACGCAGCAGUACAGCUCCAACGGCAUCGCGCGCUACGAGCGCAUCUUCGGGCCCGGCUUUGUCUCCACCGGCGGCUUGGAAACCACCAAGGAGUUUGUGGACAUGCUGGGCCUCAAGCCGGACGAGCGUGUGCUGGAUGUUGGUUGUGGCAUUGGAGGGGGAGACUUUUACAUGGCGGCCAAGUUUGGCGCGUUUGUGCAUGGAGUGGACCUGAGCGUCAACAUGGUGACUACAGCACUGGAGCGCACUGUUUCAUCUGUAUCCUUCGAGAUUGCAGACAUCACAACGUGCGAGAUGGCCAAGGAGUCCUAUGACGUGGUCUACAGCCGCGACACCAUCCUCCACAUCCACGACAAGCCCGCUCUCUUCAAGCGGUUCCUGGACGUGCUAAAGCCGGGCGGCCGGCUGCUGAUCUCGGAUUACUGCCGGGCCCCAGGAUCGCCGUCGGACAAAUUCGCGGCCUACAUAGCGCAGCGCGGCUACGACCUGCACAGCGUGGAUGACUACGGGCGCAUGCUGACUAAGGCCGGCUUUGUCGAUGUCAAGGCUGAGGACCGCACCUGGCAGUUUGAGGCGUGCCUGAAGAAGGAGGUGGAGGCGGCAGAGGCCGGCCGCGAGGAAUUCGUGCGCGACUUCUCAGCAGCCGACCACGACGCCAUUGUGAGCGGCUGGCGCGACAAGCUGGUUCGCGUCGGCGAAGGAGAGCAGCGUUGGGGGCUGUUUGUGGCUGCCAAGCCUCUUUAG